GACUUCACACUUUCUGUAGUUCCUCCUCUUCCACCAUCCUUCCUCCUCCACCUCCUUAUAACUGAAAAAACCGCCACCGCCGGAGCACCAGCCAACCGCCGCAGCAUCAUCAUCACAUAUAGCCAUGGCUGCUAUAGCUGCAACAGCAAUUGGGUCAUCAUCGUUCUCUCCAGCCAUCCACACCCGUAAAUGCGUGCGCUUCAAGAACUUGGCAGUUGAUCAUUCCCUCAUCAGAGUCCCAUCGACUCGCUUGAUGCCUUCUCUAUCUCACUCUUACUCUGUUCACGAGCCUCUUUCUCUUGGGGGGACCACGCCGAGGUGGCGCGUGCUGAAGGUCUCAGCUGAAGUUGCGCAGGAGGAGGUGGCAGUAGCCGCACCUGAUGAAGCAGGAGUGGUGGAGGAAGAGGAGAAGGGAGGAGAGCAGGUGAGAGGAGACGGAGAAGCUGAAGCUGAAGCUGAGACCCAUGAGUCCCCUGUUAAUACCAAGCUGUACUUUGGAAAUCUGCCAUAUAGUGUGGACAGUGCUCAGCUUGCUGGGAUAAUACAAGAAUAUGGCAGUCCAGAGCUUGUUGAGGUUCUCUAUGAAAGAGAAAGUGGAAGAAACCGGGGGUUUGCAUUUGUGACAAUGAGUAGCAUUGAGGAUUGUAAUGCAGUAAUCCAAAAUCUGGAUGGAAGUGAAUACUUGGGUCGAAUUCUGAGAGUUAACUUCUCAGACAAGCCCAAACCAAAACAACCAUUGUAUCCAGAGACUGAGCACAAACUAUUUAUUGGGAACUUAUCUUGGUCUGUCACAUCUGAAAGUUUGACUCAAGCUUUUCAAGAAUAUGGAAAUGUAGUUGGAGCAAGGGUUAUAUACGAUGGAAAGACUGGGAGAUCACGAGGUUAUGGUUUCGUCUGCUACUCAACAAAAUCAGAAAUGGAAGCUGCACUUCAAUCUCUUGAUGGAGUGGAACUUGAGGGACGAGCAAUUCGUGUAAGCUUGGCACAAGGAAGAAAAUCUUAAGAUGAUAUAGCCAAAGUGUACAAAAUUUGACAAGCACUGAAGGUAAAUGUCAAAGUCAUAGAAGAGAUGGAAGGACAAAGAUAUGUGCAUAGCCUAGAUGUGCAGUCACCGAUCCCUUUCAAUUUUCUGUCUAUAAUUCAUUUACCUUCAACUACUUCGGUGUGGGAAUUGUGACAAUUUCUCUAGCACCUUUGGUAAUAUUGAUAGUUUCUCUGGUACCUCUGGUAAUAUUGAUAGCAUGGAAGGCCUAUAAGGAGACCUGAGAGAAUAUCAGGCCCUAUGGCAAGGAAGGGUUGUCUCAAAGGCUAAGGCUGUUGCGUGCAGCCUGUCGUUUUAUGAAAUUCACUCUCAUCUACAUCUGUAGUCAUCUUUUUGAACCAAUUGAAAGCAAGACCCUAGACUGAAAAAGGGGGAAAUAAGAGGAUAAUCAGAAAUUGAGCAUUGCUAAUUAUUCCUAGUUUGGAAGCAUGUCUCUACUAUGUUUUAACUUUUCUUGGGAUUAAAAUGGUCAUUAGAUC